AUGCACAGAGGUCAUCAUGACUGCAGCAUCCAAGUGAAGGACAAAGACAACAAGAAGGAUGAGCUCAUGGAGGAAGAUGAGAUGGUACCCAAUACAGAGGAGUCUGAGGUGGGUGAGCUUUGUGCUCAGUGGCGAUGCGCAUUCCUAUAUGCGCAAGGACCAGGGGCCUCUGACGUGACGGAUGCGAGGGCGCGCCUUCAUGCCGUUCAACACCUAGCGGAGUCCAUGGCUCGAGAUGCUGCAAGGACGGAGGGGCACUGUCAAGUACGUUGGCACGACUCAUGCUAUCGACGAGGUCAGCGCGCCGCUCGCUCGCGACGCAGCAGAUGCCAAGCUCACCGGCACCGUGCGACGUGCGAGAUGGUCGCCUGGCAAGUGGCGCGUGUAUGCGCUUGUGGACGGAUACCCUGGUGAGUUGGGCGCUGGACCAGACUUGCCGCUUCGAAGAGUCCGCUGACGGUGCUCCAGGCUGACACUCUGCUACCACGGACUUGACCACGUUGGGAUGGCAAAGAUCAUGUCAAGAGCAAGACGCAGAGCGCGCGCUCAUUGCGCUCCGAGGACCAUUGUUGGCCAAUACGGCAACGGGCGGGCUACACCUCCGCUUCAGCCCCAACAAGCAGUAUCGCCAAGCUGUGCGACGACUACUUUGCCACGUCCCAUCAGGCCGUCCAGAAGCAGCGUCGCGCGACCCCAACAUCGAGGAGUUGGUGCGCGAGCAUCACGCUAUAGUGGCUGAGCACGAGACCGUGCAAAUGGCUCCUGCUGCGCUAGAGCGCAGCAUCGACAUGGCAUCCUGCGCCGCUUGCUCCCGUCCAGAUUGUCCGUCGAUGAUGAUCUACAAGGAUGUCACCGUCGAGGAUCUUGCCAACGAGGCAGACGACUUUGGCCUCUUUGGUUGGGGAUGCGGACAAGGCCCAGAGCGCAUUCAACGUAAUUUGGCCAUGGUCGACUUUCACGAAGAGGCCUGGCCCUACGACGGUGUCACAAGAGCGAGUGAUCCCCCAGCAUAUGCAUCCAGAUUCGUCAUCGACUUUUGGCCCCAUGGUCAGCGUCACGAGAGAGUGCUUUUGCACCUGAUUGCGGCUCUCCGGAUGAUUAUCGCAGAGAGUAGAAAUUGGGCUGCUCUAGCGACCUCGCAAACCUUUCCUGAUUGUCUUGUCCAGACCGGAGCUCGCAUCGUUUGCCUUGUGUCCUCUGAGGUCACUUGCUUUCUGUUGCGACAUUUCAAGGACACUCUUCAGCAUCUCAAAGGGAUCCUUGGGCCACAAGGGCUGGCUGAUGUGCUGCUUGGAAGAAUGUCUCUACAAGCCUUUGCAGAAGCAGUAUCUGAAACAAGCAAGUACAGCUACAAGCUGCUCUCAGACGCCAAGCAUGCAGGCUUCAGCAUCACACAGGAAGCAGGUCAUGUGUAUGAUUUGACCAUUGAAGUUCUCAAUGGCAGCAUUCCUCUGCUGCAGCAUACUCUGCUUAUCCUCUCAUCUGUCCAUAAGGGGGUCAUCAAGUACUGGCCUCUGCUUUGCAAGCACUAUAGCAGACUGUCCUACAUCGACACAGCCAUCUUCUGUCUAGCUGAGCAUCACGGCAGGCCAGCAAAGUUGUUGCUGGAGCAGGUGACUCCCAACAUCUCCAAGAUGCUCAUCGAGAUGAAGCGCGCCAUCCAUUUGCUGCUCAAAAUCAAGCUGCUCUACUAUGCGUCCACAACCCAGCCCUCUUUGGCCUUGCCGUCGACUUUGCAAGGCAACGACCAUCGGCCGGCUCAAGCUUUGCAGGUCAACAGAGCUCUGCUGGCGCAGAUUUUGCGAAACACCAACUGUCCAACGGCUCAAGCUCUGCAAGGCAACAGCAAGCGUCCGCUUCCCACGACCAGCAACGAUGCUCCGUCGAGCAAGCGUCCGCUUCCCACGGACAGCAACGAUGCUCCGUCGAGCAAGCAUCGGGCGCGUCGAGCGCACCAGUCGGCCGAUGAGGAGGAUACUGUUAGACGCGUCAGCCGUCACCACCGCCUGGACCCACGUGACCGAGACGCGCGCCGCGCUCCCCGACCGCACACCCGGACCGCUCAAACCUAUCCCUGUGCGCCCGCGGCAUUUCCCCCCUGCUUCCUUUCCCCCUGUCGCAAUUAUUGUCUUUACUCAGCUAUCCUAGGAUUCGCCCCGCUUCUGUGCCAUAGUCACCGAAGCAUCCGAACCUUCUAGCAAUAGUAUAGCAUACUUGCCUGAUCACCCGAAGUACCCGAGCCUCUCGAACCCCAUUCCCGGGCUUCCCGAGGCCUCACCUGAAGUUCCCGGACUACACGAGUGUAGCCCUGACCAACCCGACCGGUGCUGUUGACGGUCGUGACAGAUACCUCGUGGGCCUACGAAUCUCAUCUGUGGAUAGCUGGUAGUUGGAUAGAACACGUCCCCUUGGGAGAGAAAGCGAGCUCAAGGUCGACCAAAGCUGGGAAGCCGCACGCGCCAGGCUCAAGCGCUGUCCCUGAUAACGCUCGCGCAAGCCCCGCCCACGACGAGAACGAAUGCGUAUCGAGCACAGCUGCCACUAGCAUUAGGAGGACUCGCGCAUCGAGGGCGGCCAACGAGGAGGAUGAGUGCGUGUCGAGCACAGGCACCGUUGCGAGGGCAGCCACAACCAAGCAGAGUACAGCAUCGCGCUCGACAAGUACAAACAGAAAUUCUGCUCGUGCUCUCAAUUGGCCCUUUGCCCAUCGCCAGCAAAGCCUGUUCCUUGGCGCACCUGGAAGCGUGGAGAGAGCACAACAAUUUGAUAAUGAUCUGUUUAUGCCUUUCCCCAAAGGAAAGACCAUGGAAGAAGGUCGCCAGUGGUUCUUGGAGCAGGUUGAAGGCCACCAAAUUGGACCUUCCAUUGGUGGUGCCAACUCUUCUGACAUCACCUUUCAAGCCAGAGACAGCUUUGAUCAGAGAGCUUACAGGCUAGCAAAAGCUGCUGCAGCGGCUGGAGGUGAAGCCAAGCUCAGGGACGCUCCAUGGGAGGACACUUCUGCGUCCAUGAAGGGGCACCAGUCUGCUGCGCAAAAGACCACUUCUUGGUCCUUGGCAAUAGAGCAUAGAGAUCUAGUCACGGAGCUGGACAAGCUGGACGCAGCUGGUUCACUCAACAACGGUCUGCCCACCGCAACGGUUCAUCAGCUGGCAGAUCAGCAUAGAGUAAGCCGCUCAAGACUUGUCGACUUCAUUAGGUACAAAUACCGAAAGUCUUUGAACGCAUCGGUUGCAAGCAGCGAGUGCAUCUGCCCAGGAACACAGGUUGAAGGGGCCACAUCCCCUGACACAGCUGCAUCUCUGUCCCCAGCUCCAUCCCUUGUCCCGACCACAAGGGGGCAAUAUCGCUCAGCAGCCCAAGAUUGCAGCCGUUCACCAGCUGGCAGAUCAUCACAAAGUAAGCUGCUCAAGACUUGUCAAUUUUAUCAGGUACAAAUACCAAAAGUCUUUGAACGCGUCAGUUGCAAGCAGCAAGCGCAUCUCCCCAGGAACAGAGGUUGAAGGAACCAUGUCCCCUGACACAGCUGCGUCUUUGUCCAGAGUUUCAUCCAUUGUCCCAACCACAAGGAGCCCAACCACAAAAAGCCGUCAUUGCUCAGCAGCCCAAGAUCUUGCACCUGGUCCGCUGA